GGUUUUUUACCAAACUCGAAUGCAAUAUUCCAAUAUUCGCUGCUACACUGCUACAGAAAACUUUUACUCCUUGAAAUAUUCUUGUUUGACGUGCGCUUGGAUCGGAGAUCAGCGCUAAGAUGGCCUCAGCAUUGGCCCGUCCGUUGAUUACGGUCUAUUCAGAGAAAAAUGAGAAGACAGGAGCUAGCGUGCAUCUGCCCGUGGUGUUCAAAGCACCCAUCAGACCUGAUGUGGUCAGCUUUGUGCACCAGCAGAUGUCCAUGAACCGGCGUCAACCUUACGCCGUGAACAGGGAUGCUGGUCACCAGACCAGUGCCGAGUCUUGGGGUACUGGCAGAGCUGUUGCUCGUAUUCCCAGGGUCAGGGGUGGUGGUACCCACCGCUCUGGCCAGGGUGCCUUUGGCAACAUGUGUCGCGGAGGUCGCAUGUUCGCUCCCACCAAGACCUGGAGGCGUUGGCACCGCAGGAUUAAUGUGAACCAGCGUCGCUACGCCCUUGUGUCGUCCAUCGCUGCCAGUGGCGUGCCCGCCCUGGUCAUGUCCAAGGGACACAUGGUGCACGAGAUCCCAGAGCUGCCCCUCGUUGUAACAGACAAGAUCCAAGCUUUCAACAAGACCAAGCAGGCCGUCAUCUUCCUGCGCCGUAUCAAGGCCUGGACCGAUGUGCAGAAGGUCUACAAAAGCAGGAGAAUGCGUGCCGGCAAGGGUAAGAUGAGGAACAGGCGCCGCGUCCAGCGUCGUGGACCCCUCAUCAUUUAUGGAGAGGACCAGGGUCUGAAGCUUGCCUUCAGGAACAUUCCCGGCGUUGACGUCUGCUCUGUUAAGAAGCUGAACCUUCUUAAGCUGGCACCUGGUGGCCAUGUUGGUAGAUUCAUCAUCUGGACAGAGAGUGCUUUCAAGCAGUUGGAUGCCAUCUAUGGCACCUGGUCAACUCCCUCUUCGGAAAAGAAGGACUACAACCUUCCCACUCCCAAGAUGACCAACACUGACUUGGCCAGGCUGCUCAAGUCUGAAGAAAUUCGCAAGGUGUUGAAGACUCCACACAAGAGGCCACAGAGGGCAGUUAGGAAGUUGAAUCCGUUGAAGAAUGUGCGCGCUAUGCUCAAAUUGAACCCAUACGCCGCUGUCUUGAAGAGGAAAGCUAUCCUUACAAUUCAGAAGAGAUAUAAGGACAAGCAGGAGUUCCUUGCCAAGAAGCACGGAAUUCCUUUGAAGAGGACAGAGAAGGAGGUUCGUUAUGACCAGCUUAUUGAGAAGAGACGAGAGCAGAUCAAGAAGGCCAGGGCGGCCAAACCCAAGGCAGCCAAGAAGGCUACAAAGGCUGGCGCCGCUAAGAAGUAAACCCUUCCCUAAUUGUUCAUUUCUCGGAAAUAAAUAUGGUCAUCAUUAAUAAUAAA